AUUGCAUGAACAGUCUUUUUGGGACAACCCCUUUAAUCGCAAAUCAAAACCACCCUUCAAUUAAAUUCCCACAUCACGUCCGAAAUGGAAACCCAAGAAACCCAAAUUUACUAUUUACAAAAGCAGAAAAGCCAUGAGUAGUAAUAAUAAAUUCCAGGGUUUCUAUUUUUAGGUUAAAUUUCUGUGGGUGGUGGAGAAUUGAGUAGAUCGAGAGCUAGAGAUGGGGAGAGGAAAGGUGGAGCUGAAGAGGAUAGAAAACAAGAUCAACAGACAGGUGACAUUCUCAAAGAGGAGAGGUGGCCUGGUGAAGAAAGCCCAUGAAAUCUCUGUUCUUUGUGAUGCUGAAGUUGGAUUGAUUGUCUUCUCCCAUAAAGGAAAGCUUUUUGAGUACUCCACUGAUUCUUGCAUGGAGAAGAUUUUGGAGCGAUAUGAACGAUACUCAUAUGCAGAGAGGCGAUUGGUUCCCAGUAAUUCUGACUCAACGGAAAAUUGGACCUUGGAAUAUGCUAAGCUGAAGGCCAAGGUUGAACUUCUGAAAAGGAAUCAUAAGCACUACAUGGGGGAAGAUCUAGAUGUGUUGAACUUGAAAGAUCUGCAAAAUCUUGAGCAGCAGCUUGAUUCAUCCCUUAAACUUAUUCGAUCCAGAAGAAACCAGUUGAUGUGUGAGUCACUCUCUGAGCUUCAAAAAAAGGAAAGGGCGAUUAGAGAGGAAAAUAACAUGCUAGCAAAGAAGAUUAAGGAGAAGGAGAGAACAGCAGCCUCGCAAGUUUCAUGGGAUCAGCAAAGUCAGGUCCCUCCAGGAUUUCUUUUCCAACGGCAGCCACUUCCUGGCCUAAACAUUGGGAGGAGUUAUCAUGGAACAACAGGAGAGGAAGCAGUGAGGGACAACAGUGACCUAGAUCUUAAUCUUGAUUCACUUUACCCUCAAUGCCAUCUUGGCUGCUUUGCUUCAUGAACCAAUUAUUAUAUAUAUAAUUUUAAUUUACAUUGCUAGUGUUGACUUAAUCCGCCCUUCAAUUGCAUGGGCCGGGUAAGUAGCCCAUAUGCGGUAAAUCGACCCAAAUAAUUGAGACACGUCUCUCAUAUGAUGUUUCAGAGUAAUUUAUAGUGUGUUUGUUACCAUAAUAUGAACCAUUUGGUGUAAAUAUAUGACUGAUUAUUUGCUUGAAUAGUUCAUUAAUUACC